GCCCCUGCGAGGAUGCGGCUGUUCCGGUGGCUGCUGAAGCAGCCGGUGCCCAAGCAGAUCGAGCGCUACUCGCGCUUUUCGCCAUCGCCGCUCUCCAUCAAACAGUUCCUGGACUUCGGGAGAGAAAACGCAUGUGAGAAAACUUCAUAUAUGUUUCUACGAAAGGAGCUUCCCGUACGCCUGGCUAACACCAUGAGAGAAGUUAAUCUUCUGCCAGAUAAUUUGCUUAACCGCCCUUCGGUGGGAUUGGUUCAGAGUUGGUAUAUGCAGAGCUUUCUGGAACUUCUAGAAUAUGAAAAUAAGAGCCCUGAGGAGCCACAGGUCUUGGAUAACUUUCUACAAGUUCUGAUUAAAGUCAGAAAUAGGCACAAUGAUGUGGUUCCUACAAUGGCACAAGGAGUGAUUGAAUACAAGGAGAAGUUUGGGUUUGACCCUUUCAUUAGCAGUAACAUUCAGUAUUUUCUGGAUCGAUUUUAUACCAACCGCAUCUCUUUCCGCAUGCUUAUUAACCAGCACACACUUCUGUUUGGUGAUGACACUAAUCCUGCUCAUCCUAAACACAUAGGGAGUAUUGAUCCUACCUGUAACGUGGCUGACGUGGUGAAAGAUGCAUAUGAAACCGCCAAGAUGCUAUGUGAACAGUAUUACCUGGUAGCUCCAGAGCUGGAAGUCAAAGAAUUCAAUGCCAAAGCUCCAGACAAACCUAUUCAGGUAGUUUAUGUGCCCUCACAUCUGUUUCACAUGCUAUUUGAGUUGUUCAAGAACUCAAUGAGAGCAACAGUGGAACUCCAUGAAGAUGGAAAAGAAGGCUACCCGGCUGUUAAAACCCUUGUUACCUUGGGGAAAGAAGACUUAUCCAUUAAGAUAAGUGACCUAGGCGGUGGUGUCCCACUUCGAAAAAUAGAUCGUCUUUUUAACUACAUGUAUUCAACUGCUCCUAGACCUAGCCUGGAGCCUACAAGAGCUGCCCCUUUGGCUGGAUUUGGUUACGGUUUGCCAAUUUCUCGUCUGUAUGCUAGAUAUUUUCAGGGAGAUUUAAAACUGUAUUCCAUGGAAGGAGUGGGUACAGAUGCUGUCAUUUAUUUGAAGGCUCUUUCAAGUGAAUCAUUUGAGAGACUUCCAGUUUUUAAUAAGUCUGCAUGGCGUCAUUACAAGACCACUCCUGAAGCUGACGAUUGGAGCAAUCCCAGCAGGGAACCUAAGGACGCUUCAAAAUACAAAGCUAAACAGGACAAGAUCCAGACUAAUAGAACUUUGUAGAGAAUUAAAUGCCCUGGUCCUCUCUGUGAAGAAAGAAUGUCUUCUGCAAGUCAACCAGAGAGAAAUCCUCCCUCCAACUCUGAGAGUGGCACCAUAGUUAUUCCUACUGCUUGAUGAUGUAUUUUCUCUGUACCAGCUGGACCUUUUCAUGGAGUUUUUCCUGUAGCUACUUCAGAUCUUCCACUAAAGUAGUGACCUAUAAAAUUUGUCAUUGUAUCUUGCUGUGGUGUGGUUGGCACCUGCCGCAGAAGAGCACAGAGCCUCCUUGGAGCUCUGGUGCCCUCAUGCUCUCCAUGUCAUCGUCAGUCUCUGGUGUCUACAGUGCCCUCAGGAUUUGGGACCCUUCCCCAUUCCAGAAACAAUAGAUCCUGCUGUUGCUCUUUGUAAACAAAUACCAUGCUUUAUCCCAAACCCCCAACUAGGGCCAGAAGAACCUGGAAGUGGAAGACAUCAGCUGAGCAGGCCUUGAUGAUUCAUUCCCAGGGCCCUUCCUCUCUCCUGUGCGUCCCUCCUCCACUGUCUGAUUUAGACUUUGCCUCCUUCCACCUGAUGGGAUUCUCAUUGUGAAGUGUGGCUACUUUCGUCUUAGAUCUUACUCAUUGAUGCCUUGAUUUUAUCUUAAAAAUCGCGUGUGUACUUCUGUUGAUUAAA